AUGACUUGGAUGUGCGGUGCGAAGAACGAUGAUGAUGGAUUCAUGGAUUAUUUAUCCCUUGGUCUUUCUGUUAUGGAGUCAAGUCUGCUUGUGCACUAACCAACAAAAUUCUACAACAAAAUUCAAGAACUACACGGACAUAGCGCUGGGAUUCUUGAAGAACUAUGAAGUUCAGGCAACAAAGAUUUACUCUGAGGAGAGCGAAGCCGCUUGGAAUUAUGAAACGGACUUAACCGAGAACAACAGGAAACUCUCCGUUUUCAACGCGACUUUCGCUAAAGCGUUCAGUGUGACUGCCAGCAAAAAUGCUUCUCUCAUUAAAGAUGUCGACUUAUCAAACGAUAUGGCACGCCAAAUUAGGAUAAUUCGCCGUAACGCCCUUCCUAAAUCACCAACAGACAUGAAGUCAAUAGAUGACCUUAUUUCAAAUAUGACUAAUAUUUAUAGCAGUGGAAAAUUAUGUACGAAAAAUGAAUAUACCAACAAAACCCGCUGCUUCGAACUCGAUCCAGACCUCAAUGAUUUAAUGGCGAAGUCACGUGAUUACGAUGAGUUGUUAUGGGGUUGGAAAAGCUGGCGAGACAAGGUUGGUCCUCCGAUGAGACCGCUUUACGAAAAACUUGUCGUCCUUCUAAAUUCCGGAGCUCGUGAACAUGAAUGGGGAGACUACGGAAAUUUUCAACGAAGCGAAUAUGAAAUGGGAAAUGACUUUCAAACAGCUAUCAAGAGGUUGUGGAAUGAAGUCAGGAUGUUGUACCAGGAACUGCAUGCUUAUGUGAGGUACAAAUUACGCGAGAAGUAUCCUCAAGUGCCGGUGAAUGGGAGCAUCCAGGCCCAUCUCUUAGGGAACAUGUGGGCCCAGGAAUGGAGUUUAAUCUACGACAUUGUAAAGCCCUUUCCAAAAGUUCCAUCACUGGAUGUUACACCGAACUUAAUCAAGCAGCAGUACACUCCCAAAAAGAUGUUUAAACUUGCGCAGUCGUUUUUUGUUUCCUUAGGUCUAGAUCCAAUGCCGCAGACGUUUUGGAAUAAAUCCGUUAUCAGAAAACCUAAAGGAAAACAGAUGGUCUGUCACCCAUCGGCCUGGGACUUCUGCAAAGGAGAUGUUCGAAUAAAGAUGUGCACCGGAAUGACUCAGGAACAUUUGAUAACAAUUCACCAUGAGAUGGGACAUUGUGAAUAUGAUCUCGCAUACAAAGACCUCCCGUAUGCCUACAGAAGUGGUGCCAAUCCGGGAUUUCAUGAGGCUAUAGGAGAUACAAUUGCACUCUCUGUGGAAAACCCAAAGCAUCUUAAGUCCGUGGGACUACUGUACACGGUUGGAAAUGAUACAGAGGCGGACGUAAACUUUUUGAUGAUGCAAGCAUUACGCCGUGUAGCUCCCCUUCCUUUCACAUUACUUGUCGACCAGUGGAGAUGGAAGGUGUUCUCCGGAAGGAUCACACCUUCAAACUACAAUUCAGAGUGGUGGCGAUUGCGUAUGCAUUACCAAGGUGUCAUGUCACCAGUCCCUCGGACGGAGAAGGACUUUGACCCGGGGGCUAAGUAUCACGUGGGAGCCAAUUACCCUUACAUCAGCUAUUUCGUGUCACUGAUCCUCCAAUUUCAAUUCCACCGCUCUCUUUGUAAAAUUGCUAAGCGCGAAGGGAGUCUACAUGAAUGUUCAAUCUACAAGUCAAAAGAAGCAGGCCAAAAAUUCAGAGAGAUGCUCGCCGCCGGACGUAGCCGCCCAUGGCCCCAGACCCUUUACCACUUAACAGGCGAGCGCGAGAUGACAGCCAGCGCCAUAUUGGAGUAUUUUGCCCCUUUACAACAAUGGCUCGUCAAGUAUCGCCUGGAAAAGGGAUAUACUAUUGGUUGGAAGAAACGGAAGAUGGUUCCAAGUCCAGUAGUAAAUGGUGCCAGAAAAACAUUAUCAUCUACAAAGUCGAAUUCAUCCAUCACAAAACCUCAAGUGCUCCUUAAUAAAACCCGGUCAGACCUUACAGAGAAAGGUUCAAAACCAGGCAACAAUAAUGGAACUGCCGAUGUAUCAUUUCCAGAAGUCAAGAAAAAUGACGAUGCCAUUAAUUUAGGCAAACCAGAUUUAAAAGCUGCCUUGGCAGCCAUGGGGCCAGUACUAAAAACAUCAGAAGAAAACUCAGGCAAAGAUAAGUCACUCCUUGACCCUAAGUCUGACAUCUUAGGGGCUAAGCCAAUGUUUGUUCCUAAUAAAAUCAAAGAUCAAUUAGUGUUAGGUUAGUUGUUCCGGGGUUCCGUCUGGCUUGUGAAAUGUUGUGCCCUCUUUUUUUUCCAUCAGAAUUAAGGUUGCAAAGAUGCAAACCCUUAUUUUGUCGGAAUGACUUUCAUUUCGAUAAAGUUUUAGAUCAAAUAUUUGAUUGUGAAACAGAGAAGUAGCCGUGAAACCGAUCAUAGUCGGAAAGAACUGGGUCAAAAAGUGUUUUGCGCAGCCCAACAUCAAGUAGAUUUUCUCCAAUUCCCCAUUCGCCUUAGUAAGGACUGAAGGCGUUGGGACCGAGCCCUAUGUACUCAUUGGCUGAGCCAAUAUACGGAUCAAGAGACUAACACACGCGUUGGUUCCUCAGAAAUGGUACAGGGAGGAUGAUUGUUUACCACUCACGCAAAUAAGUACGAAAAUUUCCCGUAAAUUUAUUACGUAAAAAAUAAUUUUGUAAAAUAAUAUUCUUAACAAUAAAGUGCUUGCUAUU